AUUUAUUUCUAUUUAAUACUUUCUCAUAAAUAAUAGGAAUAGUUAAUCGAAGUCAUGAUAUGUUGGGAUAAACUUCCUGGAGGUUUAAUAUUACUUAAAUUAUUAUCUCCCCACACACUCCAAGACCUCCCCCUUCCAAAACAUCCCCAAGACCUCCCCCAAAUCCUAUUUCCUAACUCCCCCCUCCCGACUCACCCGAGGACUGACAAGGCAUUAAUGGCCAUCCCUAUCGAAGGCACUGGAGAAGUCGAAGAUAAGAUCGAAUGGUCCAAGGCUCUCAUCUGGGAUGGACUGAGUGCGUGCCCCUCCGAUAAAUACUUGUCACUUCCAGACACCUUCUUCUGGAAUGUCUGAG